GUUGCUGUCAAAUUCGCUACACCGUACUUUGUCUAUUGUUUACGUUUUAUUCACUGUACAGCAUUGCUAUCCAAGUUCGGAAAUGAAUAGUUCAUGCAGUGGAAAGUUACAUGGAUUCCGGCAGAUCGCACAAGAAAAGCUUCAGCAUGUCUUCUAUUCCAUACCAUCUGAAAAGGAUCUUAUCAUCGAGCCAGCUCUUAUCAAACCGUUGGAGCACGUGUGCGGAGCGUCCUGGCUGAGAAAGAAAGGCAUCGAUAAGAUAUAUAAAUUCGACCCCAAAAAUCCACCGCCAAAGAGGAAACAACUUGUCUACUUUAUCAACUCCAAUCUGCUUACAUUCAAAAGUGUAUUGGACCAAAUCAGUGGCUACCAGAGCCAAACGAGUAGUCUGAUGGAAGUUGAUAUACGUAACAAGCAAUACCACGUGCUGGUGAUGCCGUCGGUGCUGGCCAGUUUUGAACACUUACUGGAAGAAGAAGGUUUGCAUGGCAUAGUCGAGCUGUACAAUUUUCAAUGGGAUUUUCUGCAGCUAGAUGAUUCGAUUCUUAGCCUUGAGCUACCAGAUGUAUUUGCGGAUGUGUUCGUUCGAAAAGAUACAACACCGCUCAGUUCAAUGGCACAAAGCAUACGUAUUUUCAAUCUUGUCAUGGGAAACCCGCACAUUGUUUUUAGCCUGGGUGAGAAUGCGGAGAAAAUAGUACAAAUGGUGCUACGCAUGGAAUCAAACAAACAUAGUUCAAUGGCUUCAUCCGUGGUGGGAAAGGAGAAUAACAAAACAGAAGAAAAUGCUGGAAAGGAUCCCGAAUAUGCUGCAAUGUUGGUACUGGACCGUGAUCGAGACUAUCCCGCCUGCUUACUAACACCGGUCGUGUACUGCGGGCUACUGCUCGAAAUACAGACGCUUAAUUCCGGUUCGCUGCUAGUGGACAGCGAUAGUAAUAAAAUUAAGAUCGGUAAAUUGGCUUUCUUGCAACAGCAAGACCUAACACAGGGAUCAUCAAAGCAGGAAGCAACCAGCUUGCAAAUGAGUGGAACACAGGAUAUGAUCUAUCUCGAGAACAGAUAUCGCCACUUCUCCGAGGUCAUCAGUUUGCUUAGUUCGCAGGCCAAAACCCUCGGUUUGGAGGGGAAGGCAUAUUCGCGGGAAAUGAAGCUGCACGAAAUGAAUGACUACGUUACAAACAAGUUGCCGAAAGUUGCUGCCGCCAAGAAAGAACUGUUCAAACAUCUGCGUUUGUGCGAAACGAUCGUGGAGGAAAUUGGAGCGAAUUUCGAAAAGCAUCAAAUGAUUGAGGAAAGCAUUCUAACUAACACGAACCGAAAGCAAAUAAUGAACUACAUUCUUGAGCUUCUGAGCAGCGAUGCGCACAAGUACAACACAUUGCGGCUAAUCUGUUUGUACCACGUUACGAUAGGUUUGAGCGGUGAAGAUAUGACGAAGCUAAUGACGGCUUAUUUAAAUGCGUUCGGUUAUCGUUACCUAGCCGUAUUUUCUAAUCUGUUCCAGGCACGCCUGUUUCCUGACACAACGAAUCUCAGCAAAACGAAAAUCCUUUCACAAAUCUCUAUUCCCACCCUGAAGACACCAUUUCAGAUCGAAGCGAACAAAUUGAAACAGCUUCCGACGGACUCUAACGAAUCUGUUCCGACUGCAGGGAGCGGCCGUGACGCUGGCCUAGCAGGUGUAAAACCGGGUCAGAUAAAUGUCGGAAAAACCUGUGCUAGUUACGUCUUCAACGGUAAUUACAUUCCAUUAGUAGCACAGCUAGCGCAUAUGAUAUUCGCCGCGCCCAGCUUCGACAAUCUCAACACCAGAUUAGGCCACCUAGAGCGAUUGAAGGUAUUCGGACGAGUACUACAAAGAAACAAUCAAGGAUCAGUUGAUACAUAUGCUACACCUAAAACAAUUAAGGAACUGGCGACCAGCUGUCAUAAAGCAGCAUUAAAUCAGUUGUUUCCGUUGAAGGAGAAAACGAUGUUCAUCUUUAUUGUUGGUGGGAUUACUUAUGCGGAAAUAGCUGCAUGCCACUUGCUCGAGCAGACGAUAGGAGCUAAAAUUGUGCUUUCCUCUGAUCGCAUCAUUGCUGGGCAUGAUCUGAUAGAAAGUGUAAUUAGUUGUUAAUACUUGCCAUUGCAAACAUAAUUGUAAAAGAACCGAUGUCUCUUAUGUCUUCUCUAUGUCAUUACUCUAUUACGCAUAUACAGGCACGAUAACGUUUAAUAAGGACAACAGAUGAGCGUCAAUUUGUCACGUCAAAAGUGGAAAUAAAUAUACAGCUACAUAUAAAAAACGUGUAAAUUCCAAAA